AGUUCAGAUAAUCUUCCCAUCACUUUCAGAUAUGAACCUAUCUAGUGCCUUGACAAGAUGUCGCAUGCUAGCAACUGGAUUAUUGGGGAAUGCUUAUUCACCUCUAGCAGUACCUGUUCAAUAUGCUUCUGGUCGAUGGUGGCCUCAGCCCGAUUACGAGAUGUCCAAGCAUCGCACUCGCCCACCCUGCAUGGGUAUCCACAGGCGGACACGUUGCAAUGUUGUGGAUAAUUCCGCCCUGGGCAAGGAAGCUCAUAUGUCAGGAAAACGAGCAUACUGUAUUGAUGUAUACAAACAAGGGCGGCGAAAAAAGCAUUUACCGCAUGCCACACUUGGAGAUAAGAUUCUCGUUGCAAUUCGUGGACAAAUGCGGAAAGCUUACGUUGUUGGUGCACAAACACAUGUGCAUUUGCGAAAACACGGAGUACCAGUCACGGACACCAACAACAUAGUUCUCUUAGAUGAAGAAGGUAACCCACUUGGAAAUCGAAUUUCUAUACCGAUUCCUGUAAAACUCUUGGAGAAAAAGGAUAAGCCACAAUUUGCGAAGGUUCUCGCUCUAGCUAAUAAAUUUGUCUGAUGAUACAAACAGCAUUGCCUGGACAUUACGAUGAAGUAUUAUUAU